CGCCGCUGUCUCCGCCGGGAUCUCGGCGCCUCCCGCUCCCCGCACCGCUCCGCGCCAGGCCUGCGGACCCCGAGGCGGCGGCCGUGGUCGGUGGGCUCCGGAGGGCGCAGCAAUCGAGGCGGCGGCGCGAGUGAGCAGAGCCGAGCCCGGCAAGUCCCCGGGCGGAGAUGUUGCCGGGCGCUGGCCCCUGCGUGAGGCGGGCGCUGUGACAGGCCGGCCGGUGAGGCACCGCCGGGGGAGGCCGCGACGGAGCUCCCGGACCAGCCAUGGGCUGAGACACGUCCUCGCCGAGCAGAACAUGCCCGGGUGACUUCCUCCCAGAUCUUCCUUGUGGCCUUCCUCGCCCACUCUAGUGACACUAUGCAACCCCAGCGUGACCUGCGAGGCCUCUGGCUCCUGCUGCUGUCCUUGUUCCUGCUCCUUUUUGAGGUGGCCAGAGCCGGCCGCCCCGUGGUUACCUGUCCUGCCGCCUGCUUGUGCGCCAGCAACAUCCUAAGCUGCUCCAAGCAGCAGCUGCCCAACGUGCCCCAUUCCUUGCCCAGUUACACAGCACUGCUGGACCUCAGCCACAACAACCUGAGCCGCCUGCGGGCUGAGUGGACCCCCACCCGCCUGACCCACCUGCACUCCCUGCUGCUGAGCCACAACCACCUGAACUUCAUCUCCUCUGAGGCCUUUUCCCCAGUACCCAACCUGCGCUACCUGGACCUCUCCUCCAACCAGCUGCGUACACUGGAUGAGUUCCUGUUCAGUGAACUGCAAGCACUGGAGGUGCUGCUGCUCUACAAUAACCACAUUGUGGCGGUGGACCGCUCCGCCUUUGACGACAUGGCCCAACUGCAGAAACUCUACUUGAGCCAGAACCAGAUCUCCCGAUUCCCUCUGGAACUGGUCAAGGAAGGAACCAGGCUACCCAAACUAACACUCCUGGAUCUCUCCUCUAACAAGCUGAAUAAGUUGCCACUGCCCGACCUGCAGAAGCUUCCAGCAUGGAUCAAGAAUGGGCUGUACCUACACAACAACCCCCUGCACUGCGACUGUGAGCUCUACCAACUCUUUUCACACUGGCAGUAUCGGCAGCUGAGCUCCGUGAUGGACUUUCAGGAGGAUCUAUACUGCAUGAACUCCAAGAAGCUGCACAAUGUCUUCAACCUGAGUUUCCUCAACUGCAGCGAGUACAAGGAGCGUGCCUGGGAGGCCCACCUGGGUGACAACUUGACCAUCAAGUGUGAUACCAAGCAGCAGGGGAUGACCAAGAUGUGGGUGACACCAAGCAAUGAACGGGUGCUAGAUGAGGUGGCCAAUGGCACGGUAACAGUGUCCAAGGAUGGCAGUCUUCAUUUCCGGCAGGUGCAGGUCGAGGACGGUGGUGUGUAUACCUGCUAUGCCAUGGGGGAGACUUUCAAUGAGACACUGUCUGUGGAACUGAAAGUGUACAAUUCCACCUUACACGGACACCAUGACACCCUCAAUACAGCCUAUACCACCCUAGUGGGCUGUAUCCUCAGUGUGGUCCUGGUCCUCAUAUACCUAUACCUCACCCCUUGCCGCUGCUGGUGCCGGGGUGUAGAGAAGCCUUCCAGCCAUCAAGGAGACAGCCUCAGCUCUUCCAUGCUUAGUACCACACCCAACCAUGAUCCUAUGGCUGGUGGGGACAAAGAUGAUGGUUUUGACCGGCGGGUGGCCUUCCUGGAACCUGCUGGACCUGGGCAGGGUCAAAACGGCAAGCUCAAGCCAGGCAACACCUUGCCAGUGCCCGAGGCAACAGGCAAGGGCCAACGGAGGAUGUCAGAUCCAGAAUCAGUCAGCUCGGUCUUCUCUGAUACGCCCAUUGUGGUGUGAGCAGGAUGGGUUGGUGGGGAGAUUCUGCCCCAGGAGAGGUAAUGCACCCUGAAGGCUAUGAGGGGAUGGAAAGAGAGGGCUGGCUGGCCAAGGGAGUGGGUUCCUCCUGACCUCAAGGGAAUUGGUCACAGGUACAACAGAGGGCAAGACCCCAACCAGGGUGUGGCUGCCAUAAUUUUCAAAUAUGGAUAUAUUAAUCCUCAGGCAAAUACUACACCCUUACCCAAUAGCCCGGCAAUUCUCAAUGUGGUAGAGGAAGAGAAGCAUGUCUGAGCUGGAUGGGAAUGAGGAAGGAGUGAGGGGAAAAGCAGAUGUCCUAAACUUUUUUGAGGUCAUCACUAGCUCCUUAAGAGAAAACCAUUUGGAAAAAAAAAAAUCCUGUCUCUGCCCACCCACACCUGUGAUAUUCUGUGUGUUGGGGGGAACUUCCACAGGAGCCACACUUGGGGAAAGCUGUGGUAUCUUCUUUGGUCAGGAAGUCAUACUUCACAUCUGGGGAAAUUGGAAACCUUUGUAAAAUGAGUCAGGAAAAGACUGAGACCUCAAUCAAUAACAUGCUUCAAAUCUGUUGAGAUAAAGCCUUCCUUUUUCCUGAUAAGCCCUGGGUGGAUGGAUCUUUGCAGGAGCCUGGCCUUUUGCCUGUUGGUUAAGGCAGCAAUGUGGGAUGUGACUUGUCCUAGGACCAGUGGCACAGAGGGGUACAGCAUGAACUGAUAGAUCUGUGUCACAGCAGAAGUGCCAAUGCAGAACUUGUAGAUGGGGGAUGAAUUCCAGAUAGGCUAAUUCCCUAGUUGGUGAAACCCUUGGUUAGCAUUUGAUUCCCAGCACCUGUGUGUCAGACCACAGUGAGGGCCACUAAAGCCAGAGCUUUUAUGGAUGCCUACCACAGAUGUGGUACAUGGGACCACUUCCCACUAGAAGGAUGAAGGUAAAUCUGCCUCUAUUAUGUAGCAUCCAGCUGGACCUACCUGAUUUUCUGUGUAUACCAUCUCUUCAUUCAGUCUCCCUAUCAAGCUCAGUUGGGAUUCUGAGUUUUCCUUAAUACGCUGCUCUGCAAAGGGAGGGGCCAGGAAAGUCUGGCCCCAGCUGGGUUAGACUGGGCUUGGAGGUAGAGGGGCCCUGGUAUGUGUCUCUUCUAUACUGACAAGGCUUCCUUGCUCAGAGAUCUCCUGCUGCAAAGCCAAAGCAUGGGAUUUUAUCAUCAGAGCGGUUGGAAUUGGGUGGUCUCUGCCCCAGCCUGGCAAUUUGGGGUGGGCCUUGGAGUUCUGCCCUCUCCACAAGUUUCCACGUAAUCUGCAGCAGAGACAA